AAUAUUAGUUAAUCUGAGUUAACAACGACAUUUUCGUUUUGAAAAUGUGAUUUAUUUUGUUUGUAAUAAAAAUAUUGUUUAAUAUUUUUAUUUGAAAUUUUGUGACAGAUAUUUAUGCUAUAUACGAAUAAUUAUAUAAUAUAAUGGAUAGCUCAUUUUUUGAGUACCGUGACAAUCCCGAAGAGAUUAGUGACUCUGAUUCAGAAGUUAUAGAUAGUAGUAUAAUAAUAAAUGAUUCUUUUAAAACUAAAAAGAAAUCUGUUGUGAAAAAUCAAACGGUUUAUGUAGCGGAAUCUGAAGAAUCUAAUACAGAUUCCGAAUCUGAACAACCUAUAAACACACAUCAGAAAGGGCUCAAUAGUAUACUCAGAAGAAGUAGUGUGGUAGAGACCCACAUUAUAUCCAGCAGUGAUGACGAGGCAAAUAAUAGAAGAUCACUUCGCCCGAGUAUUAGGAGACAAUUGAAUACCUCUACUAGCAAGAUUGUCACAUCUUCAGAUGAAGAACAAUCAUCACCUGAACAGCCAAAGCGUUUAUCGGUGCAGUCAAAAUCCGAUACUUCAGAUUCGUUCAUCGUAAAAAAGGGCAAGAAACGUAUGAUCCUUAUAGAUUCUGAUACAGAAAACUCUAUUGUAAUAGAACAUAAUAGACAUAGGAAAUUGACUUGUUUCAAAGACACUCCAUUAAAGAUUGACAGUGGCAAGAUUGACAGCCAUGAUACGAGUUAUGAUGACGUCAAUAAUUUUGCUGAUGAUGAUGAUGAAAGAGAUGAUGAGGUCAGAAAAACCACAGAAGAAAAAGAAGAAGCAAUUGAAAAAAGUGUCAAUAUUAACAAUGACGAAUCUCAUAAAAAAGAUGAUGUUUCCGAAGAGGACAGAGUUAGUGAUGAAUAUGACACAGAUGAUGGGCCAGAUGAGGAUCAAAUGGUGCUGUCGCGAGUCACCCGGAUGAGUAUCAUGGGCGUGAUACCGAAAGACAACGGACAGGACAGUGAUGAUUCAGAUUUUAUUCAGUCGGAUGAGAGUCGUCAGAAAACAAUGGAAGGCUCCACAGACAGCCUAACAGACUUGCCACAGAUCACCAGUUCAUUAAUAAAAACACCAGAAAAGACUGAAAUUGACAAUGACACAUCUAGAAUUACUUGUUCCCCUUUCUCCAGUCCUCUCAAUGAUAUCACAAAUGAUCUGAACAGAUCUGCAACUGAAAAUGUAUCCAAGUGGUCAAUAAAUAAAGAUUUAAAUUCUACAGCUAGAAAGUUGAGUAAUGCAGAUAAUAGUUAUUCAGAAAAAUUGAACCCUAAUAAAGCAGAUAUGCUUAAAAAUAAAGUGUUAAGUAAUUUAAAUGCUACCAAUGUAAAGACUAGAAGCAAAGAAAAUAUUACAGAUGAUGAGGUGACAAUAAUAGACAGCUGUCCAGAGGUUAUAGCAUUGAGCAGCGAUGAUGAAGACGAGGUGAAAGUGGAGAAGAAGUCACCUAAAAAUUCGCCAAAAAUAAAACAGGAGACCAAAUCGAAGGAUAAUGAGAUCAAACAGUACUUGGUGCCCUCGAGCUAUCCCAACCAAGUGGUAUAUGUGAAGAAACAUGUCCGUGAAAAUGAGCUCAGCAAAUUGAAUGGGCUCAAAGAGGACCUGCAGAAUAUCAGGUACCUCCUGGAAAACAUGGACGUGAACACACUGCCGGACGGUGGCGUGAAGCUGAUCCAGCGGCUCACUGGACUAGAGGCCGAGGUGCGCCGCCAGGGGGACAAGGUCGCCAACAUGAUCGUCGAACCAGAUUCACCAACUGCUGAGGACAUCGCCAAAGAUGGUUUCGGAGAGAUCAUGGACAAGGGUCUAUCAUGGGACGACAUACAGAAGGCCAGUAACGCUGUUCAACCGAGAAUGUUCGGCAAACAAGCGAUGGCGACGCACAUGGCCGAGCGCAACCUGAUCCUGGAGAGCCUGCGGCACCUGCACUCGUCGCUGGCGUCGCGGCCGGCGGACAGCGAGGCGGCGCGGCGGCCCGCCGCCGUCCGCAGCGAGCUGCUGCCGCACCAGCUGCACGCGCUCGCCUGGCUGCGCUGGCGCGAGACGCAGCGGCCCUGCGGCGGCAUCCUCGCUGACGACAUGGGUCUCGGCAAGACGAUCACAAUGAUAUCGCUGGUACUGAGUGACAAGGAGAACAAUAUCGACGACGACGACAUCCAAGACGAGGAGCACGGCGGGAAAGGCAGCUCUAAAAUGUGCCGCGGCGGGACGCUGGUGGUGUGCCCGGCGUCGCUGAUGCAGCAGUGGGCGGGCGAGGUGCGCAAGCACUGCGCCGCGCACAGCCUGGCCGUGCGCCUGCACCACGGCGCCGCCCGCGACACGCUGCCGCGCCGCCUGGCCGCGCACGACCUCGUCCUCACCACCUACAACAUCCUGCAGCGGGACAACCACAAGAAAGGCGUCCUGAUGCGCGUGUCAUGGCGGCGCGUGGUGUUGGACGAGGCGCACAUCGUCCGCAACCACAAGGCGGCCACGUCCAGCAGCGUGUGCGCGUUGCGGGCGGCGCGGCGCUGGGCCCUCACCGGCACGCCCAUACACAACCGUGACCUCGACCUCUACGCGCUGCUCAAGUUCCUGCGCUGUACGCCCUUCGACGACCUCGCGAUGUGGAAAAAGUGGAUUGACAACAAAAGUCAAGGCGGCCAAGAGCGGCUGAACACGGUGAUGCGGUGCAUCCUGCUGCGGAGGACGAAGCAGCAGCUGCAGCAGCGCGGGCAGCUCACCUGCCUCCCGGAGAGGACCGCGCACGAGUGCCUCGUCACCCUCACGCAGCACGAGAUGAACGUGUACCAGAAGGUGCUGGUGUUCUCCAAGACGCUGUUCGCGCAGUUCCUGCACCAGCGCGCGGAGAAGCAGGCCGACCUGCAGGGCUUCGUGCCGCCCGACAAGGACUCCGCAUACACCAAGAUGCACAAGAAGAUGAUCGCGCUGCAAGGCGCGAAGCCAGUGAAGUCGCAUGAGAUCUUAGUGCUGCUGCUGAGGCUGCGGCAGGUAUGCUGUCACUGCGGCCUCAUCGCGGCCAUGCUGGACGCGAAUGCGGCCGUCGACGGCAGCGAGGAUCCUGGCGGGCAGGACCUCCUCGAGGAGCUCAACAAGCUGUCCAUUGAGGACUCAAAGUCGAAGAGGAAGAGUGAUAGCAAACCUGAUGAUGAAGAAGAACAGGAGGGUCCAGAGGAGGGCACGAGUGUGGCGGAGGCCAUCCGUUCCGUCCUCUCGCCGAACAAUCCCGUGUUCGACCUCACACGCCUCUCUUCCAAGAUACAAGCCGUCAUGGACUGUCUUCACAAGAAUGUUUUUGCCAAUAAGGGCGAGAAAGCGGUGGUGGUGUCGCAGUGGACGUCGGUGCUGAAGGUGGUGGAGCGCGAGCUGCAGCGCGCGCACAUCCGCUGCGUGACGCUCAGCGGCGCGGUGCCCGUGCCUGCACGAGCCCAGCUCGUCGAUGCCCUCAACAAUCCACAAUCCGACGUCAGGGUGAUGUUGCUGUCGCUCUGCGCUGGAGGCGUUGGCCUCAACUUGUGUGGUGCUAAUCACCUGCUACUGCUUGAUCCCCACUGGAACCCUCAGCUAGAGGAGCAGGCCCAGGAUAGAAUAUACAGAGUGGGACAGCAGAAACCUGUACAUAUAUAUAAGUUCAUGUGCGUGGAUACAGUGGAACAGACCAUCAGGAAGCUGCAGCAAGCGAAACUGGAGUUAGCUGAUAACAUGCUGACCGGUGCCCGCAACAACAACGCCUCCAAACUAACUAUAGAAGAUCUCAAAAUGCUUUUUAAUAUGGGCUAGUGAAUAGAGUUUACCCAAAGACAAAAAUAUUGAAAUGUUUUUUUUUUCUGACACACCGGAAAUAUUGUAUCGACAGAUUUGAAAAUAUUUUCUCACGGAUUUAGAAUCUAAAAGUGAAGGAAGUCCAAAAUAAACGUUCGCACUGUUAUAUCUGGGUCGGUGUUGAAAUGUAUCCAAAAAUAAUAAACCAACUUGUUAAUUUUAACCAUUGUACCAGUUUAUAGUUUAUUAAUUAUUAACAUUGAUUGUAUUUUAAUGCAAACUUUAUAUUCAAAUGUGUUCAAACAACCAAAUCUGUUUUAUUCUCUCUGUUAUAUGGUGAUGUUUAAAAUAUGUUUGCACUGUUUUUAUUAAGUUGAAGUUAUAACACAAGCAGCGAAUUACGCUAAAAAUUGUACCUAUACGUCCCAAUAUCUUCCGAAUUCAGUAAAGAUAUAGUAUGUUUAAAUUCUACAACUGCUGAUGUUAUAUUUCCGAUAUAAUAAAUAACAAUUGUAAUAUUAAUACCCUGACAGAUGUUAAUAGAUAUAAAUAAAUAUAGGUAGUAGUUAUAUUUUAAUAAUGAACAAAUAUAAUAUGAUGAUUAUUUUCAAUAU